CUUUGUUAUACAUUACAUUACGUUAUGCUGAUUGACUUUGCUAUUUAUUAUUUAAUGUGCAAUUAGAAAUGAUUUUUUGUCGAAGUUAAAUUUGGUGAAAUGAGAAAUGGUGAUUUUGGCGUGAUAUAUAAAAUGGGCAUAUUACGGAGAAAGGUUCAUUAAUCAACUCAGAGCAAACGAGUGAGCAUCGUGCUAUACUUUAGAAGUUGCAGAAUUUUUGUGUUAUUGCUGUUGUGUGUAAAAUACGUUUUUUUUUUUAAAAAGAAAGUGAUUUUUCGUUUCUUUUUUCGGUAGAUAAUAUUUCAUAAUGAAUUCAAUGAAAACAAUUUUGGUUGUUGCUGCUGUAAUUUCGGCUGUCGUGGCUGAAUAUGGAGGAGACGGUCAUAACGACUUCGGAGGUGGUGGUGGUGGUGACGAUCAUGGAUAUGGCGGAGAUGAUGGAGGCCAUCAUGUACACACAACACAUAGUGUGGAAUCAAAACCACAUCCAGUUCCUGUCUAUGAGAAAAUUGGGGUUCCAAUUCCUCACCCUGUUCCAGUUGCCGUUCCAAAUUACGUCAAAGUUAAAAUUCCACAACCCUACCCGGUUCACAUUACUGUCCAACAACCCAUUCAAGUGCCAGUAUACAAAGUCCGAACUGAAAUCAUUGAGAAAAAAGUUCCAUAUACCGUUGAAAAACCGUAUCCAGUCGAAGUUAAAAAACCAUUCCCCGUACACGUUUACAAAAAAAUUGAAAUUCCAGUGCCCCAACCGUACAAGGUGCCAUACACUGUAUACAAACAUAUUUUGCAUACAGAAAAAUCCCAUGGACAUGGAGGACAUGGUCAUCAUCAUUGAUAAGUGAUUGACUUCGUCAGUUGAGUAGGGGUUGUUACAGUUUAAAUUUUUGAAAUUUUGUUUGUUAUUCUUUUUAGUUCCUCUGUUGUUGAUCAUUUUUUAUAUAAAUAA